AUGAACAACAUGGGACACCUGGAGUUUGUCGACACGAAGGACUUCCAGCUACCGCCGGUGGUGUACAGGCCUCGGGUCACCAGGAUCCGUUCCCAGGCGAUGCAAAAGUACAUGUGCGGCGAGUGCGGCAAGGGCUACAAGUGGAUGGCAAAUUUGCGCAGACACCAGAGGCUCGAGUGCGGCAAACUUCCUAAACACCGGUGCCGCAUAUGCCGCAGAGAGUUCUAUCGAAGAUACGAGCUGACCAAUCACUACAACACGAAGCACGACGCGAGCGGGAAUCAAGCGGAGGUGCUCGAUUGGUACCUGAAAACGGACCACGACGCCUCGCAGACACUGUUCGAGUUCGUUGCCAGCAGCUACGACUCGCCGGAAGUGGAGGAACGAAAGAAGUCCACGAAGACGGUCAUCUGCGAGGAAUGCGGCAAGAGCUUCUCACGUUUGGACAGCCUGCGCCGCCACGAGAAGAAUUAUUGCAAAGUGAAGGGGGAAAGACUGUUCUGCCGUUUCUGCGGCAAGAAGUUCGUCAAGCCGUUGACGUUCAUUUCCCACGUGAAAUCAGCUCACUCGGCAUUGCUCGCGACAUCCAGCCCGCAACUGAUGUCGCAGUGA